CAGAUCGAGCAUCAGUGUUCGACCGAACGAUCUUCAACGCUAAAGCUUCCCAGUUCAGGCCUAGCAAAACUAAAAGUGAUUCAACAUGAAACUUACCGUUGCCUUCGUGCUGUUUGCGCUGGUGUGUGCCGUGUACGCCCAAACCGAUGCCGCCAAGGAUGCGGCUAAGAAUGCAACGGACAAGGUGAAGGAUAAGGCCGCCCUGCCGGAUGCACCCAAGCUGGACAAGGAUGCCGUCACUACGCCCGACCCGAAGGACGCCUCCAAGAAGGUGGAAGAUGCGGCUGGCAAGGCGAAAGAGGCCGCUGGCAAGGCGAAGGAUGUGGCCGACAAAAUUGGCACGCAGCUCACAGGCGGAUUCUAAGAUCUCUCGUGUCCACGAGAUAAGUUCCGGAUAAGUUGGUUGUGUGUUUUGUCGCAACUAUCAGAAGCUUGCACACACAUGAGUGUCCAAUAAAGGCGGUACUUCGAAUCAAAGACACGAAGUAAGAUAA